AGAAAUAGGCUUAUUGCAGCGAGGGAUCUUGCUCAUUGUCUCACAGUAGCUUCCUUUAAUGUUGGGAGAAAGACAACUGACCGGCAGAAGUGGUCCCACUGGGACUGCUUGAAGCCAGGUCAAUUGUUCUUCCAUCAGCGUGUUGACAAUGCUGGCACUAUUCAUGUGUCAGCUUUAGGGGGGUUUGCUCAACUUCCUGUCACCCAGCAGAAUGUGGUCACUGCUGCUAUUGAGGCAGCUGUUCCUGGUGCUGCUCCUCCUGCUCUUGGGUCAGCAGCAGAGAUUGCACGUAGAGCAAGCAAGGCUGAGCGGCGGCGGAUAAGCAAGCAGACGCGGUCUGACGUUGUCUCUCUGCACGCAUGCCUUGCCAAAGCUCACAGAAUCCUAGGGAAGAAAAACUUUGUAAGUGAUUCAAUUCAACUCAUUUGA